AAUUAAAUUAAAUAACUAAAAGUUAUUAGGGAAAAAAAAAAAAGGGGAAAUAAGAGAAUGUUAAACGGUUAAACCCCUAGGAAACCCAGAAUUUGUUGUGUCUGCCAUCGCCAUGGACAUGGAGGUGGAUCCUCCAGCGAAGCCAAGUGAUCUCCAAAUCAAGGACACAGACCUCUUCAAAGCCGCCGAGACCGGCGAUUCUGCUACCUUCCAAUCCCUCCCUCAAGACCAUCUCUCCAAGUCUCUCGCCCUCCGCAACGACGAUGGCCGCUCUCUCUUCCAUGUAGCAGUCUCCUCUGCUCGCCCCGAGGUGGUGAAAUUACUAUCGGAGGUUGCUGAUGAGUCGGUGGUCAACAGUGCUGAUGAAGAAGGGUGGGCUCCGAUUCAUUCUGCGGCAAGCAUUGGAAAUGCGGAAAUCAUGGAAAUUUUGCUGAGCAAAGGAGCUGAUAUUAAUCUGAAAAAUGAUGGUGGUCGCACGGCUCUUCACUAUGCUGCAAGCAAGGGAUGGUUGAAGAUUGCUGAGCUUCUGAUUUCACACAGUGCAAAGAUAAACGCAAAGGAUAAGGUGGGUUGCACUCCAUUGCAUCGGGCAGCUAGCACAGGGAACUCAGAAUUGUGUGAACUCUUAAUUGAGGAAGGAGCAGAGGUUGAUGCUGUGGAUAGAGCUGGUCAAACUCCUCUAAUGCAUGCAGUCAUUUGUCAGAACAAUGAGGUAGCCCUGCUUCUAAUAAGACAUGGAGCAGAUGUAGAUAUUGAGGACAAAGAAGGAUACACUGUGCUUGGUCGAGCUUCAAAUGAUUUUAGACCAAUACUCAUUGAUGCUGCCAAGGCAAUGCUUGAAGGAUGAAUUUCUUGUAUAGUGAAGUGCAAUUAGUUCUGGAACUCUUGGUAAGUGGCUAGAGUUUGCUCAUUACUCAGAAAAAUUCACCCAAAAUAUGUAAGAUCUGAGAAACUAGCGUCCAGCAUCAUUUUAAUUUCUGCUGGUUUUGUGAUAGUAUACUGUAGGACUGGACGAGGUUUUUCUGUCUAGGAGCAUGGUGCCCAGACUAUAUUGACUUGAUUAACUUAGCUGUCCCCUUCUAAUCUGCUGAAGUCUUGAACAACACUUUCCUAUUCUUUGCUGAUACCUAUAGAUUUUCUAAGUUUUUAACUUAAUUUUGUUAUGAAGAAAAAAGGGAUAUUCAGAAGGUAUGUUAUUUGCAAAACCUUUUUGAGAUCAAACUAGGGAUCUGUCUCUUGCUUGAAGUGCUAGAUGAAGCAAGAAUUAAAUGGACCAUGAAUGUCACAGCAUGUUCCUGUGAGAUAUUAUCAGAUAACGAAGGUUAACUAAUUAGGGACAUUAGGGUAGGUGUUGGCAAAAGUGCAACAGCUGAUAACUACAUGGCUACAUCACAUGUUCCAAAUGCUUCUUUUUUUUUCUUCUUCUUCUUCCUUGAACAGGGGUAAUUAGGAGGAAGGGAGUAAAGGGGACUCAAUCUUUGGGCUAACAACCAAUAGGAGCACUAUCCAGUUGACCAAGAACUCAAGUUGCUCACGUUCAUAUCUCAAAUGCUGGUUUGACCGCAUGAAUUUGAAAACGAAGUCAUUGCUAAGAUCUUGAGGUUGUAAGAAAGAAGACCGUCAUAACUUGUUUUGAUCAAUAAAAUUUCAUCAUUCAUUCCCAAGCACAAGAUGAGACUACUCUGGAAAGUCUCAGCUCAAUAACGAAGUUCUUUAACCAAUUUGAAUUAUAUGUUGUAUGAUUCAUCACAGCGAGGUUCACUCUUCACCUUAUUGAGCAAUGUUUAUUUGUUUCCAGGUUGUGAAAGGUUAU